GGAAGUUGUGGAAGCUCCAUCGCUCGCGUUAUCUGAAGAUGGAAUGGACAGAAUUUUGGAGGAUUUGGUGUGAAACAACCCAGCCUUGGCAGCACCUCUGCUAACAGACCUCGUCCCUCCCAAAGCUCUGGGAGAACCAAUGUGCCAAAUCGUCACUGCUGAUGGGCAGCUGGUCACCAAGCUCCUGGGCCGGGCAGUCCCUAGGGGUCAUCAACCUGCUAGUUAAAGCCUGGCUCUGUGUAGAUCUCUCCCAUGUGCUUCCAGGAGACAGACAUUCCCGUUGUGUGGCACAUGAAGCUCUUCUGUCGCCCUGGGCCCCGAGUUGUUUUUGUUUUAUUGCAGGAGCAGCUCGAGGCCCCACUGGAGCCCGGCCCCAUGGUGCUCUGUGCUGCACACACACGUAGUGAAAGAUAUUCCUGCCCUGGGGCGCUCACAGUCGGAAUAGCCCAGAGCAAGGGUGGGAGGAGAACCUGCCCGGGGUGGUGCAGCAGGGAAUAACGCCCAGGUCUCCUGAAUGUUAGGCCAGUGCUCCAUGCUUUUGUAUCGACAAAACCGAGGGCGAUAUUUACCUUCAGGGGGUCACCUCCCCAGACAGCCGAUUUUGCUCACCGUCGUUUUCCUUUCAAAAAUUCGAAGUUAACUCAUCGAUUUCUUGUUAUUUCCAUUUACACCACUGCCGAGCUGCCCAGACCCCAGCCCUGAGUCUUCCACUAGGAAAACUUUAGGUAGGGACAUCAUUACCCCACAUGCCCUCCUUCCCCCAAUAAAUCAGUGCAGGGCUAGUCUAGCCACACCCAUCUAAAUCUCAGACAUGCAGAGUAGCACUGUUGACAGAACUGCCCCUUCUAGCGUGUGUGGUCUGACUACUGAGGCCUUACAGAAAGCUCCUGCAGUGACUUUCUUUGUUUAAUAACGUUUUAUUAUCUUCCCACUGGUAGCACAUUCAUGGCUGAGUGCAUCAAACUGAGGUAACCCAUUGGAACCACUCAGCCUUGGGUUUAUAUAUUUACCUAACAAUACAUUUGCCUGCUCUAUUUAAAAGAACUCUGAGCUUUGGCUUUUACGCGGUGCAGUAACGAUAAGAACUUGAAUUCUAGUGUCAUUAAGCUCCGGAGACCAUAAAAGCAGAAGACCAGUUGGUCCUACUUGCUGGUCGUCUUCGGUCCAGUUCAGACCCUUUCCCAUCCUGCAGUACGUGGUGUUGUGGCUUGGCCACUUGGCUUCUCAAAUCCCAAAGCACUUGGUUUUCCCUGCACUUCCCUCGGAGAGCCCAUUUAACAGCCUGCUACAUCUUGCUGACAGAGAUGUUCCCUGAUGCUCAGCCUAAAUUUUCUCCCACUUAUUUUCCAUUCGUACGCUCGUUGAGGCCCCUCUUAACCCAUUCCUGUCUGUCCUGGGGCCUGACGUGAGAAUGCUUGUUGGGGUUACUCAUGUGAGUGAGGGCUUGUAGAAUCAGUCUUCGGUGCAACCCCUGCUUGUCCCUUCUCAGUCAUUGUUGAGCCAAGCUAGGCAUGGGAAUGUAGGUCUGGAAGAGACCUCGAGAGGUCAUCUAAUCCAGCCCCCUGUGCAGGGGCAGGACCAAGUAGCCUAAACCAUCCCUGACAAGUGUUUAUCCAGCCUGUUUUUUAAAACCUCUAGUGAUGGGGAUUCCACAACCUCCCUUGGAAGCCUAGACCAGUGCUUAACUACCCUGAGAAUUUAAACGGUUUUAAUUAUAGCUAACCUAAAUCUCCUUUGCUGCAGAUUAAGCCCAUUACUACUUGUCCGGCCUUCAGUGGCCGUGGAGAACAAUCGAUCACUCUUUAUAACAGCCCUUAACAGAUUUGAAGACCAUUAUCAGGUCCUCCCUCAGUCGUCUUUUCUCGAGACCAAACAUGCCCAGUUAUUUUAAUCUUUCCUCACAGGUCAGGUUUUCUAAACAUUUUAGCAUUUUUGUUGCUCUCUUCUAGACUGUCUCCAAUUUGACCACAUCUUUCCUAAAUAGUGGUGCCCAGAACUGGACACAGUACACAGCUGGGGUCUCACCAGUCCGAAGUAGACUAGGACAAUUACCUCCCAUGGCUUACAUAUGACACUCCUGUUAAUACAUCCCAGAGUAUUAGCCUUUUUCGCAGCUGCAUCACGUAGUUGACUCAUGCAAUUUGUGACCCACUACAACCCCAAGAUCCUCUUCCACAGAAGUACUGCCUAACCAGUUAGUCCCCUUUUUGUAGUUGUGCGGUUAAUUUUUUCCUUCCUAAAUGUAGUACUUUGCACUUGUCUUUAUUAAAUUUUAUCUUGUUAAUUUCAAACCAGUUCUCUGAUUUGUAACACUCAUUUUGAAUUUAAACCUGUUAGCCAAAGUGUUUGCAACCCCUCCCAGCUUGGUAUCAUCUGCAGAUUUCAUGAGCACACUCUCCACUUCAUUAUCCAAGUCAUUACUGAAAAUGUUGAAUAGUGAUGGACCCAGGACAGACCCCUGGGAGAACAACACUAGAUACAGCCUUGCAGUCUAACAGCUAACCAUUGAGAACUGCUCUUUGAGUACCGUCUUUCAACCCGUUGGAGUAAUUUCACCUCGACCAGAUUUCCCUAGUUUGCAUGCAUAACACUUUGUCUUUCCUCCGUCAGUCCAUCCCUCCUGCUCCCUGCAGGUUUUUCUUGCUCCUUUCCAAGCUCUUUCCAGCUUGUCAGUAUCGCUCUUGUACUGAGAUGCCCCGCAAUGGAUGUACUACAAGCUGUUCAUUCCCCCUCCCCCUUGCUGGACUGAAGAGUUUUCUCCAUUGUUGCUUUAACGCUGAAUUGGAAACACUAAGGGCCAUGCUGAUGGUUAAUAUUCCAGUGGCAACAUCCCCUGCAAAGCCAAUCCCAAAGAGCCCUGCAGCCAGAGCGACCUCCUUGAUUGGUGCAUGCAAAGCCCAGUGAGCUCUCCCCUCCCAAACAGGAAGCAACAAAGCCAGGCUGUUCUUGAAUUGAAUUGGAGGAAGUCUCCACACUUACGCAAAGCAAUUUGGCAGAAGUUAGAUAGCAGUGAAACAACAAGUACUACUGCAGAGAUUAUAGAAACUGCAGAGCCUGGGAGCUGUCUCGGGGGCAGAUUUACUAAGCUUUCUGUGAAGGAUUCAUUCUUAGCUACCGCACUACAGGGACGCGCACCUCCGAUCAGUACCCCACGCCGUUCCGACUCCGCCAUCUCCGUUCGCUCGUUACACUCUGAGUCCAACAUGUCCUUGCGCUCAACGUUCUCGCUCCACGAGGAAGAGGAGGAACCAGAGCCCUUGGUGUUUGCCGAACAGCCAUCAGUGAAACUCUGCUGCCAGUUGUGUUGUAGUGUGUUUAAAGAUCCAGUCAUCACAACCUGUGGGCACACGUUUUGCAGAAGAUGUGCCUUAACAUCUGAGAAGUGCCCAGUGGACAACGCCAAACUGACUGUGGUUGUUAACAAUAUUGCUGUGGCCGAGCAGAUAGGGGAGCUGUUCAUUCACUGUAAAUAUGGCUGCCGGCCCGCCGCCAGCCCCAAGCCUGCUGCCUUCGAGGUGGACCCCCACGGAUGCCCCUUUACCAUUAAACUGAGCGCCCGGAAAGAUCACGAAAGCAGCUGUGAUUACAGACCAGUUCGCUGUCCCAAUAACCCCAGCUGCCCACCUCUCUUGAAAAUGAACCUGGAGGCGCAUCUCAAAGAGUGUGAACACAUCAAGUGCCCUCAUUCCAAAUACGGGUGUACGUUCAUAGGAAAUCAAGACACCUACGAGACUCACUUGGAGAUGUGUAAGUUUGAGGGGCUGAAGGAGUUCCUGCAGCAGACAGACGACCGCUUCCACGAGAUGCAGGUGGCAAUGGCUCAGAAGGACCAAGAAAUCGCCUUCCUGCGCUCAAUGCUGGGCAAGCUCUCAGAGAAGAUUGACCAGUUGGAGAAGAACCUGGAACUCAAAUUUGAUGUGCUGGAUGAGAACCAAAGCAAACUGAGCGAGGACCUGAUGGAGUUCCGCAGGGAUGCCUCCAUGCUAAAUGAUGAACUGUCCCACAUCAACGCCCGCCUCAACAUGGGCAUCCUAGGAUCGUACGAUCCUCAGCAGAUCUUCAAAUGCAAGGGGACCUUUGUCGGGCACCAAGGCCCUGUCUGGUGUCUGUGUGUUUACUCCAUAGGAGACUUGCUUUUCAGUGGCUCCUCAGACAAAACCAUUAAGGUGUGGGAUACCUGCACCACAUACAAGUGCCAAAAGACCUUGGAGGGCCACGAUGGGAUUGUCCUCGCUCUCUGCAUUCAGGGGAACAAGCUGUACAGUGGCUCUGCUGACUGCACCAUCAUUGUCUGGGAUAUUCAAACCUUGCAGAAGGUGAACACGAUCCGAGCGCAUGACAAUCCUGUUUGCACUUUGGUCUCCUCACACAACAUGCUGUUCAGUGGCUCCCUUAAAGCCAUUAAGGUCUGGGACAUCGUGGGCACCGAACUCAAGCUGAAAAAGGAAUUGACAGGUCUCAAUCACUGGGUGCGAGCGCUUGUGGCUUCUCAAAACUAUCUCUACAGUGGGUCUUACCAAACAAUCAAGAUCUGGGACAUCCGGAACCUGGAGUGUGUCCAUGUGCUGCAGACGUCAGGGGGCAGCGUGUACUCCAUCGCCGUGACCAACCAUCACAUCGUGUGUGGCACCUACGAGAACCUCAUCCAUGUCUGGGAUAUCGAGUCGAAGGAGCAGGUGCGCACGCUGACCGGGCACGUGGGGACGGUGUACGCCCUGGCCGUCAUCUCCACGCCGGAUCAAACCAAAGUCUUCAGCGCGUCGUACGAUCGCUCUCUCAGGGUGUGGAGCAUGGACAACAUGAUUUGCACUCAGACGCUGCUGCGGCACCAGGGCAGCGUGACGGCGCUCGCAGUCUCCAGGGGCCGCCUCUUCUCCGGCGCUGUGGACAGCACUGUCAAGGUCUGGACGUGCUAACGGUAACAGCUGCACCGGUCCUGCACCCCGAGUACCAAAAUCUCCUUCUCCUCUGCCGGCCUGUUGGACGACUGACACCGCUCUGAAAUAGCUGCUGCCGCCCUCUGCUCACCACCACCACCUGCUGCCUUCCAUCGGCCACAGCAACUGCGCCCUCAGCAUCGCUCGUCCCUCCGACCUGCCGUCGCCCAGGGACGCCCCAGAAGUCAGCCGUGUCCCAUGAAAUAGGUGGGAGACCUGGCCUGCUGCGAGGGCCGGUGGGUCACUGCUGUUCUCCGUAUUGCACACAGCACUGGGCAGGGGUUUGUUACUGUGGUGUCACCAUGGCAGAGCCUGACCCAAAGGCUCGGCGUGCCAAAGGGGACACGUGCUGGCUGGGCUGGUCGGGCCAAGCAAGGCGCAGUUGGCGUGGACGCCAGGCGGCAAUGGGACAGCACAACUCAGCUGGUCGCAGCGGAGCCUGUCGAGGAAGCGAAGGACCAGGAGCGAGGUCACUUUGCAAACAGGAGAACUGAGCUUCGGCCUUGUCCUCCGCCCGGGCCCCUCUCUGUCGCUCUCGUAUUUAAUUUGACUGCCCAGACGAUAGCGAGCUGUUGUUUGGCCUUUCAAGAGGAAUCUUCCUUGUGUAGCCAGGUACGAUUUUUACACCACACGCUAGUUCUCUGAUCAAGUAACACGAGCGCAUCGGUUCACCCUCCCUGUAAUUACAGUCUCCACAUUAAAGAGAAAAAGCCUCUGUUGCAUUUUUACUCACAUUUUCUACGGUUUUUAAGAUUGUAAUAUAAUUGGAUUAUUUCUUCAUUGACAAUAAAAGUGGAAAGAGCU